ACUCCCAGACCUCUCGCGCUCGCUAGGGUUUUAGGUAUCCCCUUCCCCCCGCACUUCCUCCCGCGACUCCUCCUCGCCCGUGGCCUCCGGAGCCCUAGAGGAAAUCGAGCCAGAGAAGAGCAAUCUCCGAUUCGAUCCCUCCCGGAGCUCACCGUCCAUGGCGAUCAUCUCCGACUUCGAGGAGGAAGAGGAGAAGCAACCUGGGGCCAAGCCCUCGGCCUCGUCCUCGGCCUCCUCCUCUGCCGCGGCGGAGUUCAUCGCGAGGUUCGAUCCGUCCAGGCCACUGGGGUUCAUCGAGGAGGCCUCAAGUUCGUGGCCGAGCGGAGCGAUUUCCUCGCGCAUGAGGCGGCGGAGAGGGACGUCGCGGCGGUGUUGAGGGCGGUGAGGGAGAAGCAGAAGCUGAGGUAGGUCGAGAGGGAGAAGGAGAGGGAGCGGGAGAGGGCUAAGAAGGCGGCGGCGGCGGCUAAGAAGGUGGAGGAAGAGAAGAAGGUGCAGGAGGUGGAGAUGAAGGAUGCGGAGGAAGAGAAGGAGGAGAAGAGUGGAGCGAUAGGUACUAUUGCCCGUACUCAUGUUGGUCUCGAAGAUAAUCACAGCACAGCUUCGAGUUUUGCUGUGGCACUUGGCAACAGCAGUUGGUCUGAUCUUCCGUCUCCAAGCUCUUGGAACAUUGAUAUUCUCGUAGAUUCAAUCAAGCAGCUUGCGCCUGGAAUCAAUUGGUUAUCAGUAAUUGAAAGCCUGGAUCAUGAAGGAUUCUACUUGCCUAAUGAGGAAGCAUUUUCUUUCUUCAUGUCUGUUUAUCGAUGUGCUUGUCAGGAUCCUUUUCCUCUCAAGGCCAUAUGUGGGUCUGUCUGGAAGAAUAUUGAGGGCCAGAUAUCAUUCUUAAAAUAUGCUGUGUCAGCUCCUCCCGAAGCAUUUACCUUUGCUCAUUCUGCGAGGCAGCUGGCUUAUGUUGAUGCGAUAUAUGGUCAUAAGCUCCAGCUUGGACAUGCAAAUCAUGCUUGGUUGUGCCUUGACCUCUUAGAUGUGUUGUGUCAAAUUGCUGAGGCUGGUUACGCUGGAUCUGUUCGCGCAAUACUUGAAUACCCUCUCAAAUACUGUCCAGAAGUCUUGCUUCUUGCAAUGGCACAUAUUAAUACUGUAUAUAAUCUCCUGCAGUCUGAAGUCUCCCUUGCCGUGUUUCCCAUGAUAAUGAAAAAUGCUGGGGGUGUCGGCAUGAUCCUUUACCUCUGGCAUGUUAACCCGAUUCUUGUGUUGAGGGGGUUUGUUGAUGCUGCGGGUCUUGAUCCAGACUGCAUGACUAGAAUACUGGACAUUUGUGAAGAGCUUAAGGUGAGAGACAGCCGGAAGUUUUUACUGAUCCAUCCUCUAGGAUUUUUUUAUGCAUUAUAUUGCUCAGAUACCCCGACACUUCUUGUCUUUGUCUUUUCCCCAUUAAAUGGCUAAUGCAUUAGACUUAUUCACAGUGGACUACACCCUGCGUUUGCAAAGAUGGGUUAAAAAUAUCUUCAUGGAUGUCUGAUUGCAUUCCUUGAUAGGCGAGUGAUCUUUACACUGUUGACCUUAUUGUAUGUUUUGCUAUCAGUGAACCUAUAAAAACUGGUAUUGGACUAUCCUCUACUGAAAAUUGUAGAUAAGGGUCGAGAUCAUGUCUCCUUUGGUGCCCUGAACCAAUGUAAUGAAAUGUAUGAAGUGAUAUUAAGUUGCCAAUCCAGCAUUCUUAUCACUGAUGCAAUUGCUGGAUUCCAGAAAAUGCUCUGCAUGGAUCCUAGAAGAAGCAAGAUGCUCUGCAAGAACUUCAUGAUCUUAUUACCUCAAAGAGAUCCUGAGCAUGGCAAAAUACCCUUGAGAGGAUUAUGUUCAAGUACAUUGAGCUAUGUGUUGAUAUGCGGAGGGGGAGAUUUGCCAAGGAUGUUCAAGUACAUUGAGCUAUAUGUUCAAGUACAUGGAAAAUGUAAAUGAAUGUAUUUCAUUUUCAUAUUAUUAUAAUAGUUUGAUCACAUUGAGCUAUAUGUUCAAGUACAUGGAAAAUGUAGAUGAAUGUAUUUCAUUUUCAUAUUAUUAUAAUAUUUUGAUGUUCUUAAGUGCUUAA